AUGUCCCGCCCCAGCUCUGCCAGCCUGAAUGCGCCCCCAGCACCUGAGACAGAGAAGGAGGCCGAGGUGGCGGCCGGGGGUGACGGGGACCCCCUGCCCGGCGAGGAGGACGUCACGGGGCUGCUGCCCCCCUGGCCGCACCGCACAGCGGAGCCGCGGCAGCGCCGGAGCAGCAGGGAGGAGGAGGAGGACGAGGAGGGUGAGGAAGGGGAGGAGCGGCGGCCCGGUGGCGCUGACCUCUUUGCAGCCGUGCAGCAGGCCGUGAGCUCGCUGGAACGUGCUGUUUUCUCCCGGCACGGGCGUCCCCCGGCGCUCGGCCACGAGUGGGCACGGGCGGCCAAGGCGCUGCGGGAGGCCCUGGGGCGCCGCGACGAGGAGCUGAGCCGGGCGAGCGCGGCGCUGGCCGCGCUGCGCCACGAGCGGGACCGGCUGCAGCGCAGGGCGCGGGAGCUGCAGGACGCGCUGAGCAGCAUCGAGACCCCGUGCGGAGGCUCCCCCGUGCUCUGCAGGCCCCCCGCUCCGUCCAGCGCGGCUCGUGACCCGCUGCGGCGCGCGCGGAGCUACCACGGCGCCGUGUCCCGCAGGGAGCCCCCCGCCACGCCGCCCACGGAGCCCGAGCGGCGGCUGCAGCAGCUGCAGGGGCACUUGGAGCGGCUCCGGGCCGCAAACCARCUGCUGUCGGUGGCGCUGCACGACUGCAAGAGCCACUCGGAGCGGCUCAGCAUGGUGCUGGGCCAGCACGAGGCGCAGGGCACCGCGCUGCGCCUGGCACUGCACUGCAGCGAGCGCUGUGUGGAUGCGUACGGAGCGCUGCUCGCGCUGACGCGCGCCAAGCUGCACCCGGGCACCAGCAGCGGUGAGUCGCACCCGGGCGGGCGGUGGGAUGCAGCAUGCGGGAUGGCAUCCCCAGGUGCCGGUGCAGAUGAAGGGAGCCUGCGCGAGCGGAUCCGGCAGCUACGCGCGGAGCAGGCAGCGGUGCAGGCCUCGCUGUGCGCCACCCCCGUGCCCGCUGGCACCCUGGCCCGUCACAGCGAGGACAUCCGCGCUCGGGCCGAGCGGGCGCUGCAGGACGCGCAGCCCCCGCUGGCCACCCCCGUGUCCCGGCCGGAGCUGGACAAGGCAGAGCUGCUGCUGGAGCUGGCGACGCUCAAGGAGGCCAUGGCCGACCUGCAGGUGCAGCUGCAGCUGGAGAAGACGCAGAAGCGGGGGCUGGAGGUGCUGGCAGCGGCGCAGGGGCCGCGCGAGGACGCGCUGCGCCUGCUGCUCCUGCACCUGCAGUGGGGAGGGGGUCCUCGCCCUGCCCUGGUGCUGACCGGUGCCCGGCCCCAGCAGGAUGCUGAGCCCGGCUGCACCGGAGCAGCAGCUCCCAUGGACCCGGCAGGGACAACACAGGAGCUGCUGGAGGCGCUGGCUCGGAGCGAGGAUCUGCGUGCGCGCACCCAGGCCCUGCUGCGCGCCCUGGAGCAGGCGAGCACCGAGAGCCACGUGCAGCACGUGCACUGCAGCGCCCUGGCCCGCGACUUCUGCCACGCGCACAGCGCGCUGGCGCUGGCGUACCGCGGCGCGCGCCGGCGCCAGGAGGCCCAGCUGCGGCGGCGCCAGGCGCAGGCGGCGGCGCUGGCUGCGCAGCAGGAGCAGCAGGCGCAGGCGCUGGCCCGGCGGCUGGCGCGCCUGGAGCAGCUCCACGCGCCCGCUGCCACCUCCACCAGCGCCACCUCCACCAGCGACACCACCACCAGCGAGACCUGCAUCUAG